AGUAAGGUUUUGCGGCUUUUACUUCACUGACUUCUGGAGCGAGUUGGCUUCUGAGUUUGAAUUAGCGUGUAGUGUUCAUUGAAAAGCAGCAGAGCCUGCCGAAAAGAGCCUGGGCUCUGAUAUUUUGGGGGAGCACUCGAUGGUGAAGGGCGAAAGCUGUUGACUUGGGGGCUCAGAGGAAGAAGAAGGAAGGUGGGGGUGGGGGGCGGUCUCCUGGAGGGGAAGAAUGGUCGCUAUGGCUUUGCUUCUAGAACAAGGACCUUAGGAAAAGGAUUCCAAGUUCUCCUGGCGGUUUUGAAGACGUUUGUGGGCUUAUGUUGUGGUCCAGUUUCUAGGUCUGUUCUACUGGCCUGGGAUAGUUCAGUGUUUUUGUUUGUUUUUGUUUUGUUUUCAUUAAGGGAGAAGCAAUGUUAAUCCCCCAGGAAUAUGUUGCGUGAAGCAACUCAACCUUUAGUUUUACUGCAUGAGAAUGAUAUGUUUAAGUGUAACAUAGGUUAUAAUGACAGGAGGAACAUCGGCUAUAUUUUAAAGUGGAACGGAGCAUUUUCGUGACAACCCUUGACCACCUUUGCGUUAACCUUUGGCUGCUGCUUUUUGCUAAGAUGAGCGCCCACCCUUUCUCCACUCCCUUCGACCGGGAGCGGCGAGUCCGGAGCACCCUGAAGAAAGUCUUUGGAUUUGAUUCUUUUAAAACACCUUUACAAGAGAGUGCGACCAUGGCUGUAGUGAAAGGGGACAAGGAUGUUUUUGUGUGCAUGCCCACAGGGGCAGGGAAGUCUCUCUGUUAUCAGCUCCCUGCCCUGUUGGCCAAAGGGAUCACCAUUGUAGUCUCUCCUCUCAUUGCUUUGAUUCAGGACCAGGUAGACCACCUGCUGGCCUUGAAGGUACGAGUUGGUUCCCUGAACUCAAAGCUGUCAGUCCAGGAGAGGAAGGAGUUGCUGUCUGACCUGGAGCGGGACAAACCUCGGACCAAACUUUUGUACAUCACCCCGGAGAUGGCAGCUUCAGCCUCCUUCCAGCCCACCCUGAAUUCCCUCAUGUCCCGGAACCUGCUCUCCUACUUGGUGGUGGAUGAAGCUCAUUGUGUUUCCCAGUGGGGACAUGACUUCCGUCCUGACUAUUUGCGACUGGGUGCCCUACGUUCCCGCCUGGCACAUGCCCCUUGUGUGGCUCUGACUGCUACAGCCACCCCACAAGUUCAAGAGGAUGUGUUUGCUGCCCUACACUUGAAGCAACCAGUAGCCUCUUUCAAGACUCCCUGCUUCCGGGCUAACCUCUUCUAUGAUGUGCAGUUCAAGGAACUCAUUUCCGACCUCUAUGGGAAUCUGAGGGACUUCUGCCUUAAGGCUCUGGGACAGAAGGCUGAUAAAGGGUUGUUAUCUGGCUGCGGCAUUGUCUACUGCAGGACUAGAGAGGCUUGUGAACAACUGGCCAUAGAGCUCAGCAGCAGGGGUGUGAACGCCAAGGCUUACCACGCAGGGCUGAAGGCUUCUGAUAGAACACAGGUACAGAAUGAAUGGAUGGAGGAGAAGGUCCCUGUAAUUGUUGCAACUAUCAGUUUUGGGAUGGGAGUGGACAAAGCUAAUGUCCGGUUUGUUGCCCAUUGGAAUAUUGCCAAGUCCAUGGCUGGCUACUACCAGGAGUCUGGCCGUGCUGGUAGGGAUGGGAAACCAUCUUGGUGCCGUCUCUAUUACUCUAGGAAUGACAGAGACCAAGUCAGCUUCCUCAUCAGAAAGGAAAUAGCCAAACUCCAGGAAAAGCGAGGGAGCAAAGCGUCUGAUAAAGCUGCCCUGCUGGCCUUUGAUGCCCUGGUGACCUUCUGCGAAGAACUGGGGCACGAGUCGCCCCACCUGAUGGUCUCACUCUUACACAGAGCCCCGACAGAAGCUUCGGGCCCACUCAUAUCUGGUGGGAGUGGUGGCGAGUGUCACAUGCUUCGGAUAAAUCAGCUCUUCUGACAGAACACUAGCCUGCUUAUGUGGAGCCUACUGUCUACAUCUGUGGCCAUGGGGCAGGACCUAUGGGCCAGCCAUAGAAAGAGACAAGUUGUGACUGGGCAUGUAGUCAGUAGAAUCCUGUGUGAAGGAUGCCCAAGAGGAGUUAGUCUAUGUCGAAAACCACGUUUAUUCAUCUCCGUGGAAAACCGAGAGCUGAUGAACAGAAGUGAUUGCCUCAGAAUUAGAGAUGAAAUAAGCCAAGCCCAGAAGGGUCGUGGUCACAAAACUCAUGAUAGAAGCUACUAAACUUGGGCUCCUUGAUUAUCAACAGUGAAUGUGCUCAUCUCAUACAUGUGUCAUGGAGUCUUUGGGGGGAGAGGGGAUGUGUGGUUUUGUGGUGUUAAGGAUUGAACCCUCUACCACGGAGCUGCACUCCUACCUCCUGCCCCAAAUACUGUUGUCUUGAAGCAGAGUGCUGCUGAUUCAGUGCAUAGUACUAGUGUCUACAAGAUGUGUUUAGGCUCUCCUGAAAAUGGGAGGGGGUACGCUUAUUUGGAUCUGACAUUUGGAUUCUCACUCUCCCUCCUCACUGAUGAGUUGGUGACACAGAUUGAAGUAUUUCCUUCUGGCAAUGGCGUCUCUAAUUUGGCCUCUGGCAGGAUCACAUGUGAAAAAGUGGUGGGUUGCUGUGCCAGCCCACCCUUGGAUAAGGCCAUACCACCAGAGCCCUUUCCUGCCACUGGUACAUGACUGUGCUAAAUUCAGCCUCCUCAGGCUCUGUGAGCCGAGCUCUUUAUGGUGAGGAAUGAAAGGCCCAGUGUUCAUGCCGGUUGUCAGUCUCCUCCACUGCCUGUCUGAGACUGCAGCGCUGUAAGCUGCCAGGCAGGGGACAGCUCUGCAGGGGCCUCUGCGGCUUCUCACUGCCUUGACAGGCCAGUUGGGAGUGUACAUCUGUGGGGCCAAGAGGUCCAGGGGUUCCCCUGCCCACCUCCCCAGUGCCCAGCCUCACCCCUCCUAUCUUGUUGGCUACAGGUGAGGUUCUGGACCUCAGGGUUCCCAGUCUCAGUAGAGUGGGGUGACCUUGCUAGCACAGCUCUUCUGGCCACUGCUCUUUAUGAGAGAGUGGUUACUGUGUGAGCAGUGUCUGGCAUGAAGGAUGGAAGCCCCUUUCAACAGAUGGCUGUAGCAGGAAUCUUAGAAGUUCUUAUUAAUAAAAUCAAACCUGAGCCAGGUAUUGGGGUGAACACUGGAAGAUCAGAGAGACAGAACAAGCCACAGCUAACCUCACCUGGCCAACUCCUCAGCUGGUCUUGUUUCCUCAGACUGGAAGCUUCUGUGUCCUCAUCCCAAUGGCUCUCAGCUGAACUGCUGCUCAAAACCUGAAUGCUUAACCAGCCAAAUGCUUCUAGUUUCUGAUCCUCACGCCUUAUAUACCUUUCUGCUUUCUACCACCACUCCCUGGGAUUAAAGGCUUGCUUUCUGGGAUUAAAGGCCUGAUGAGUCACCAUGCCUCUCUGUAUCCUUGAACACAUGGAUUUCUGCCUCUGGAAUGCUAGGAUUAAAGGCGUGUGCUACCACUGCCUAUCCUUUAUGUUUAAUAUUGUGGCUGCUCUGUCUCUGACUCCAGAUAAGUUUUUUAGCAUGCACAAUAUUUGGGGGAACACAAUACCACAGAUGGUUGUUCCUUUUCUAAGAAUAAAUAGUUCUGGCUUGAGGCUGAAGUUGAGGUCACUGUUCCCACCAGCAUCUCUUAAGGCAGGCACCUGGCAGGGAGGGAUAAGACCAGUAGGGUGGGCUCAGCUGCAUGGGUACAUUUCUAAAGGAAGCUGUUGUAGGGUUGCUGUGUGUAGGGUGGGAUAUGGGCAGUGGCUUGGGAUCACCAAAAAAAGUAGUCAGGUCCAUUCCUCGUGUGGCCAGGGUGGGACCACUAGUGGUUUUGAUCUUGUCUCCGCCAUGUAGCCAUUUUCUCAGAGCUGCGACAUGAAGAAGCACGAGUCAUUAACCUUUAACUUGGUGGGCCUUUAACCUUGUAGGCAUCAGGCUUAAAAUAGCAGGCUGGGCAUUUAGGGAUGGAGAGGCGCUUUCCCUUUGGCCUGGGUAGGAUUGUCUCGUGGGGUCUCUGGAUUUAGGAGCUCGGCUGCUCAGCAUCAUACAGUGUAUCUGUCUGUGUGCUUAUUUGCUCUUUCGUUCUGUCAAGCACACUGAGUGUGGGCCUUGUCUCAUUGGGAAAUAUUAUGUAUUCAGAAAUAUAGAAUUGCUUAUGAAUGGGUUUUGAAGAACAAGUACAUGGUGGGUUUUGUUUUUCUUUUUUAAAAUUUUGUGUAUGAGUGUUUUACCUGCAUAUAUGUCUGUGCACCACAUGUGUGCCUGGUGCUCACAGAGGCCAGAAGAGGGUAUCAAUUUCCCUGGAACUAGAGUUACAAAUGGGUGCUGAGGAUCGAACCCGUGUCCUAUGCAAGAGCUGCCAGUGCUCUUGACUGCUGAGCCAUCUCCCUAGCCCUGUACAGUGUUGUUCUGAGAGUAACAGAUUUCCCCGUCCCAGUCUCUGGGGUCAGUCGGGGAAAAUUUGAGAAAGACAGAUUUAGGCUGAGAUCUGAAGGACAAGGAAGCACUCCGCAGGCCACGGAAUGUGAUGACUAUCCCAGUCAGGAGGAAUGUAUGCAGAAGCCUUGAGGCAGGAGAGACAGAGCAGCUUAGGAACCGAAGUUACCCUGUGAACCUAGGG